AUGGGCGGUGUCCUUUGCUGCUGUACCCAGCCCGUCGAUUUCGACGGUGAGGUCGAUCUCUAUCACUUCGAUCUCCUGCGAGCAGUCGGGAAGGGCGCCUUUGGCAAGGUGCGCGUGGUCGAGCACAAGCGUACCAAGAAACUCUACGCGCUCAAGUAUAUCGACAAGGCGAAAUGCAUCAAGCAGAAGGCCGUCGCCAAUAUUAUCCAGGAGCGCCGUCUGCUUGAAGAGAUCGACCACCCGUUCAUCGUGAACCUGCGCUACGCGUUCCAGGACGAUGCUAACUGUUUCUUCGUGCUCGAUCUCAUGCUGGGUGGUGAUCUGCGAUUCCAUCUAGAGCGGCUGGGACGCAUACCUCAGGACAUUGUGCGGUUCUGGACAGCGGAGCUGUCUUCCGCAAUCGCCUACCUGCACAAACAGCGGAUUGUACACCGCGACCUCAAGCCCGACAACAUCCUGCUGGACUCGAUGGGGCAUGUGCACAUCACGGACUUCAACGUCGCGAUCCAUUACUCGGAGCGGCGGCUGCACACGAGUGUCGCGGGCAGCAUGGCGUACAUGGCUCCCGAGGUCAUUGGCCAGAAAGGCUACACCUGGUGCGUUGACUGGUGGAGCCUCGGCAUCGUCGCCUGGGAGUUGGUGUUCCAUAAACGGCCAUUUGACGGCCGUACCGCGGACAAGAUGAAGCAUUCGAUCACCAGGGAUCCCUUAAAGCCACCCGCAAAGGCGGACGAGUUAUUGUGUGUGGAGGGCCAAGACUUUAUAACCCGGCUGCUGGAUCGCAAUGCGAAGACUCGGCUAGGUUGCAGGGGCAGGACGCGUGGCAUGGAGGACAUCCGCGGGCACCUGUGGUUUGCCUCCAUCGACUGGGUCAGCCUAGACGCAAAAGACAUGCAACCUCCCUUCGUCCCAGAUAUUAGCAGAGCUAACUUCGACGUCUCGCAUGAACUCGACGAGUUCCUGAUGGUGGAAAAGCCUUUGACACAUUCGAAACGUAAGGCCAACCAGGAUCUGGAGAAGAUGAAGCCGGAACUGCGACAGCUGGAAGAGCAGUUCAGCGUAUACGACUUCACCAAGAACCGUCGAAUGUCGUACUACCCACAUAAUCAGCCGAUCGUCACCACCGGUCACGAAGCAGAUGCAGACGCAGAACCGCAAGAGGUCGUGCCCUCUGCGACAAACACUCUCCUUCCAACAGCGACCGUCGUGGAGCACUCGCAAGGCGGCUCACCGAUAGAGGGUCAUGACUACUCCGGGCGGGAUACGCCUAUACACAUGCCUUCCGGGCCUCAUGAAGAACCCUCCCCUCCAGAACCUAUCCCCCCAGAACACUCGCAACCGCACGUAUCAUAGCGGUACACCGUUCGUUCCCCUUGUUUCGUUUCGGGUUUCCGGUCGUUCUGCCGUAUCCAUCACAUCUUCGUUCGUGUAUACGCAUGGGACAAUGUUUAUAUGCUGCCAUAUCCACCGCUGUAUUAUACCUUUUGCUCUUUUUGGAGACUAUGGCCCGGCUAUCGAGCCACAUUCCGCCGGGCUUGUUGGUUGGGCUUGCUCUAUUUAUAUGCAUCCCCUUCUAACCCUAGAUACCAUACCAUGCACCUAAUAUGUAUAUCACCCCUGUUGCAUUGUCUUGCCUUCUAUGCACGCGCCUUAUUUGCGCGGCGUCCCGCCGUCGUCGCCAAGGCCAUCUAUACACACGACGGACAAAGGACGACCCU